AUGGGCAAGAGCAUCCCCCGGUACCUGGGGCAACUGGACAUCCGCAAAAGUGUAGUGGGCCUGGCCACAGGUGCUGGGGCCCUCUACCUGCUCUACAAGGCCAUCAGGGCCGGCCUAAAAUGCCAACCACCUCUCUGCUCCAAUUCACCCAUCUGCAUCGCCCGACUGGCCAUCGAGCGAGAGCGCCAUGGGCGGGACUCAGGUGAGCUCCGAAGACUCCUCAACUCUCUGGAGUGCAAGCAGGACGAGUAUACCAAGAGCAUGAUCCUGCACAGCAUCACGCGCUGCGUGUACUUGCUGGAGGCCGAGGCCUCUGCUUGUACUAACGAUGACAUCAAGCUGGUGGGUGACAUGUUGGAUGACAAGGACACCAGUGUCAAGAUUCAAGCUCUGAACACUCUUAAAGCUUUCUCUGGCAUCAGGAAAUUCAGGCUUAAGAUCCAGGAACACUCCAUCAAAGUGCUAGAACUGAUCUCCACCGUAUGGGACACAGAGCUUCACAUUUCCGGCCUCAGACUCCUCAACAACCUUCCGCAGCCUGACUAUGUGCAUCCCCAGCUGCGGCGGGUGAUGCCCGCCUUGAUGGAAAUCCUGCAGUCAGACUGUAAUCUGGCACAGGUACAAGCCGUGCGACUGCUGAGCUACCUGGCACAGAAAAGUGACCUUCUCUAUGACAUUCUCAACUGCCAGGUGCACUCCAACUUCCUGAACCUGUUCCAGUCCACGCAGCCAGGAAGUCUGCUGUUCGAGGUACUGGUGUUUGCUGAGCGGCUGAGUGAGGGCCAGAAUGCACCCCACUACCGAGCUGUGAAAUGGCAUUACAAUGAACAGUCCCUGCAUGAAGCCCUCUUUGGGGACGAGUCACGACUAGCAGACCGGCUGCUUUCCCUGGUCAUUCACCCUGAGGAGGAGGUUCAGAUCCAGGCCUGCAAGGUCAUAGUCAGCCUGCAGUGUCCCCAGGACUUGGGAACCAGGGCCACCACCUCCUUCCAUCCCUGUCAUUCCUACUUUAAAAGUGGGGAAUAAAAUUAAGGAGAAUCAAUAAAUGAGUAUGA